GCUAUUGAAGGGUAUCACUUUGAUCUUCCUGGGAAGUAGAUGUCAUGGAUCACAAGCGAGAUAAACAAGAAGAAGCACGGCUCAAUAGCCUGUUGACAACGGACGAAGUCCAAGGGGUGGCGAGCGGAUCAUCUUCGAAUUGGCAACAACUCCCCUCAUACGAAGAAGCCGCAUCGCAUCUCGAACCGCCCGAUAUCAAUGUGGCAGGAGUCCGUAGGCCACCAAAGGAAAAUUGGCACUUGUUCAGCUCGCCUGAUCAUGCAGAACCCAAGCUGACGGACACAGCAGAAGAUCAUGCGUUCGAGCAUUUCAAGCAUCGUAUCACCUCGGAAGGCAAUGUCGUGAUUUAUGCCAAGGAAUUGCAUGAUCCUGUGACUUUGAAGGCAUACCUACGACAACAAGCCUUGGCUAGACCCACCUUGAAACUGAGAUGCAAAGGAGAGCAUACAGAAAAUCGAUAUGUUCAAGUUUCCGACGGUAAAGGAGGAUGGAGAACGGACACCCAGACGGACACCAUUACCGAUUUCAACUUUACGAUUGACCUGACUCCGAACUUGAAGCAAGUGCCUCUCGAAGCGAUCGUCAUAUCCACUGUCAUGCCACACGAACCGGCAUACAGAGGCAGUAGCGACAAGACGUAUGAUCCCCAUUUCUCGAGUGGGAGUGGCAAGGUCAAACUCGAUAUCAAGGCAAAGGCCACGGAUCGAGGCAGGAACAGCACUUGGAACGAGCGGAAGACCUGGUCCAAAUGGAAAGCCAGACGGGUUGCCAAAGGGUAUCCUACGUGGACUUCCAUGGCGGACGAUGAUGGAGACUCCCCAUUCGCGUCGCACUCGGGCUCUGCGCAGAUCCGCGAUGUCGAGAAUGCCGACGAGGAAGGCAACGGGAUAGAUCAAGCCGGUCUUCACGAGUGGUGUCAAGCAUACUGUUCUUCCCUUCAGCCGAUGCGGGAAUUCAUCUUGAAGAAGGAAAUUUGGGGAUGGGACGAAGAAGGUGUCCUGUUGGCUGUCCGUGCUGCCAUACAAUCGACAGGAUACGGGCAUAGUUUUGCGGUCACGUUCGAAAAGCAGGCGCGAAAAGUUAUGGUCCAUCCUGCCAAUCUGUUUUCAAGCCUUACGACUGAGCCGAUCAUCGUGUUCCUGUUAUGGAUCACCUUGAUAUACCCUUUGCUCUGGAUCUACAAACGAACCAUCGCGGGCGGCCGCUAUGAGGUCGUGACCGCAAGCUAUCCCCUCAAAUGCUACUUACCAGCAGCACAGUCAACCUCGGCGUUUCCGGACAACAGAGAUAUUCGACACGGACCGCCCAACUCUGGAUCAGCUCUGUUCCGGAUGUACGGAACUCGUGAGGGAGAUUUCGUUCGAGAAUGGGAGGGACGCAUUCGUUCGAGCGUGAUCGGACGAUUUGUAGGGGAUCUCGGGUCAUCGCAUAGUCUAGCAGUCCUGGAUCAACAGGCCAUGGAAGUCGCUCGUCGGCUAGAUGGUUAUUAAUCGGUUCGCGGCAGGUGAAUGUCAUAAUCGCUUACUCAUAUACCCAGCUUUGUGAAUUUUGUGCCGAUUCGCGUCUACUGUGUUGUACAGGUAUACAAGAUACCACUCUGUUGUGUUAUGAUACGAUGUUCUAUGCUGAUGAUGACUGCCAUAUCUUGGUUGAGGGCCCGAUCUGCAAUUCGUGCGUGCGAGUGUACUCGUACCAGUCUUCCGUGGCAACGAAUUGGGGUUUGUCGGUGACCAUACUGGGCUGCGCGCCGUGACCUUGGUUGAUGUUUACUUUGGGAGAUCGAGUCGGUGGCUUGUAAGGCG